UAAAUUCUGCAACCUGGGGGAGACUCCUCAGAAUAUCGUCACAGCCGAUUGAAACAGAUGAGCGGAGAUCCCCAGGCUUGAUCUUAGAUCAUCCAGUGCGCAAUAGAUAUAGAGAUAUAUUUCCCAUUAUUUCUCAGUAGUACAAAGUGAAUUAUGUUGGACCAUAUGGUGUACGUGGCUGCUGUAACGAUUUUAGGCGUAACGGAGCAAGCUUACUUCUUCCUCCAAGUGAUCUAUGCCAGGCGGAAAUAUUCUGUGUCUCCUCCAUGCAUUGCUGGGCCCCCAGAGUUCGAGAGAGUCUAUAGAGCGCAGGUGAACUGUGCAGAAUAUUUCCCACUCUUCAUCUCCAUACUCUGGGUGGCUAGCCUCUAUUUUAGCCAAGUUUUUGCACCUCUCUGUGGACUUCUCUACCUGUAUGGCAGAUACCAAUAUUUCCAUGGCUACGCCCAGUCUUCUCAGGGGAGGCUGGCCCCAAUGUACUUCAGUGCUCGGAUUCUCUGGAUUUUGAUUGGUUUCUCCACUGUGGGGGUCCUCAGUGACCUGAGCAGGAUUUAUUUCGGAGUGGCUUUUCUUCAGGUCCUGAAAGUGUUCCUCCAAUCUUAUUGGAUCCCAUUCUAGGAGGACUGGGUAGUGGGUGCUGUGUUACAGUUGACUGUUGACUGUAUUUACAGUAUAAUCGUAAAUCUCGAAAAACUACUCACUUCUAAA